AUGACCACCACCGACCUACAAACAGAGAAACACUCAGAGGCCAUCACCGCAGCCCUCAACAACCCUCAGCACAUCCAACGCAUCCUCCGCGAGGGCAUCCUGCUCGCCGGCGGCGCAGCCGCCAUCCUCCUACAGGUCGCGAACCCAGGCGUUGGCAAAGGCGUGAGCAACCACAGCAACUUCGCCUACCGCCCGGUCGACCGGCUGCGCACAACCAUGACAUACGUGUAUUGCAUGGUAUUUGGGUCGCCGCAGGAAAAAGAAACCGUGAUCCAACUGGUGCACCGCGUCCAUUCCGUCGUGAAGGGAUUAGAUUACUCGGCCGACGACGCACAGCUGCAGCUCUGGGUAGCUGCGACGCUGUACGCGGUGGGGGUUGAUCUGUACGAAAGGGUAUUUGGCGCGAUCACCGAGGACAAAGCUGAGCAGCUGUACCGCGAAUACGCCGUCCUUGCGACCUCCCUACGUGUGCCGGCGGAGAUGUGGCCGCAGGACCGCGAGGCGUUUUGGGCGUACUGGGACGAGCAAAUACAGGGCUUUGAUGUCUCUCCCGAGGCCAAGGAGGUGGCUAAUGACUUGCUGCGGAAUAAGAGAUUGCCGGUUUAUCUCAGGUCGUUUCUCCCGCUCCUGCGGGUCAUGACUACGUACAUGAUCCCGCCGCGACUGCGGGAGCAGUUUGGGCUCAAGGAUACCAGGGGCCGGGAGAGGGUGUAUAUGCUCACCAUGGGCUUGACCAAGAUUACCUAUCCUGUCAUCCCCAAGUUCAUCCGGACUUAUCCACACAAGUACUAUCUGAAGGAUAUGCGGCGGCGGAUUGAGAAGGCGAACGGAAAGCCGGAGAAACUAUAG